GCGAUUGAAAGAGAGCGGCCAGAAAAGUACCGCAAGCUUCAGGAGGCCACACGCACAGCACAGGCCCUAGUCGAGCAGGAGGGGAGUCGUGCCGAAGACAUUGCCCAGGCAGCAGAACAGCUUAACCAGCGCUGGGCAGGAUUCUGCACCCUGCUGGGAGAAAGACUGGCAUGGCUGUCCUAUCAAACAAAGGUACUGGCCUUCUACAGCUUGUAUGAGCAGUGUGAGCAGGCAGUGGACAGCAGUGAGAACUGGCUCAAAGUUCAGCCCCCGCUGGCAUCUGAACCAGAACCACUCAAAGUGCAACUGGACCGAUGUCGGCACUUUGCUGAAGAGGUGGCUCGGCUGUCCUCACUGCAGCCCCAGGUGCACCUCCUGGAUAAGAGGCUCAAAGAGCUGAAGGAAGAGAAAGAAGGGGACGAGGACCCUGCAGCAUUCCUGGAUGUUGACCUCAAUGCCUUCAAAGAACACUACCACAAGGUCCUGGAGGAUCUGAGGGCUAGAGAGAAGCACCUACAACUUGUUUUGGAGAGUUUGCCCCCAGCUCGCUAUAGGGAAACAAUAUCAACAUUGUUGUCAUGGUUACAACAGUGUGAAGCCAAGCUGGCCAUUCCAUCAACAGCUGUUACAGAAUAUUCAAUCAUGGAGCAGCGACUAAAGGACAAUCAG